CGGACAAGGGCCCGUGGAAUGACACUGAUAUUAUGAAGAUGGUCCGAAAUGGAGAACAUAAAUGCUCCAACAAAAUGGUCAUUUCAUCUGUGGACGAGAAGAUGAUUACUGAAGAUGAGAUUGUUGUUCCUCUUUCUGCUUCCAAGAGAAACAACUCUUUCGACUUGAAAAGCAAUUCCAAGAGAGCUUUCAGCCGGGACUUUACAACACAGACACACCUUUCUCCAGUUCCUGAAGAAGUGAUCAAAAGCUCUCCUAAGGCAUUUGAACCGAAUGAAUACGUCCAAACGUUGGACAACCUCGGAUAUUUAUUCGGUGUACAAAGCCUCGGAGAAAAACAGCAACCACCUUUUCACGGGGGUGCUGACAUUCGUUAUGGGGGUGAUGACGAUGGUUCGGAUGACUCGCAACAUGCCCAAGAAGCUAACGGAUGCCACACUCUACUCGAGCUCGAUAUGCAGUGGUGACGAGGCGGUCAAGAACCGGGCCCACAGGUUCGAGUCGCCAGAUAUCGCGAUCUCGAGGGCCGAUUACUUGAUC